GAGGACUUACUUAUACUAGCACAAUAUGGAUAAAAAGAUGAAUUUUGAUGAAAUCAUUGAGAAAAUCGGCAGUUUCGGAAAAUACCAAAUAAUCCAAGUCAUUUUGCUGUGCCUUCCUCAUAUUCAUACCGGUAUAUUCAUGAUUGUAUCUGUAAUAUUGCUCGGAGUACCAAAAUACAGUUCGACUGAAGUACUGAUAUAUUUGAUUGUAUAUAACAUGUCACUUAUACACAUCUUUGCUGACUUCAGAUGUAAUAUACCUGGAUAUACCAGUGACACCUACCUGAUACAGAGCCCGGAACACCAGACACUCGUGGACAACUAUAUACCGAGAUCAUCUGACAGUACAAAAGACUAUGAUCAGUGUCAUAUCUAUAAUGAUAACAGUACAUACAGUCACAACAGUACUUUUCCUGGCAAUAGGUCGACAGUGGAAUGUGACAGUUGGGUAUAUAGUCAGUCGACGUUCACCGAAACAUUUGUAUCAGAGCACGACCUUGUUUGCAGUAAUGGAGAUUUGUUAUCGUUGACAAAGAUGAUGUUCUUUGUUGGAGUUCUGGUCGGAUCAUUCACUUUCGGAUUGCUCGCGGAUAGAUAUGGGAGGAAGGUUUCAAUGUGCUGUGCUAUGGUGCUACAGUUGAUGUCCUCCGUUGGCCUAGCAUGGGCCCCUAGCUUGCCAGUCUACAUAGCUCUCCGGUUCAUGAUCGGGGCUACCACUACCGGGAUAAUUCUAACCACGUUUGUGCUAACUUUGGAGAUGGUUGGGCCCAGUAAAAGAGUUCAGGCGAGCAUGAUAAACGGAUUCUUCUUUGCUUGCGGAGAGGUGAUCCUCGCCGGUAUAAGCUAUCUAUUACGUAAUUGGCAGUAUAUUGAACUGAUUGCUGGGGGUUCAACAGUAUUCUUUCUAUCCUAUUUCUGGAUAAUUCAAGAAUCUCCAAGAUGGCUUCUUAACCAUGGUCAGACUAAGAAAGCAGAGAAAGUACUCAAACGAAUAGCAGAGGUCAAUAAAAAGAGCCAAUAUUUAGAACCAAUCCUGAAUUACAAAAAGGACGAGAAACACAAGGAAGAUAUCAGACAUCUUUUUACCUCAAGAGUAUUAUUUGGAAGAACACUGAUAUUGUACCUAAACUGGUGCGUGAUAUCCAUGACGUUUUACGGGUUGUCGUUGAACACAGAAAACAUCGGUGGCGAUUUUUACCUGAACUUCAUGCUACUUGGGCUGAUGGAUUUCCCGUCCUCUCUACUAUUGCUACUGUUAUUGAAUAGAAUCGGCAGAAAGAAAAUGCUCUGUACCUCUAUGAUCGUGGGUGGCGUAUCGUGUCUGUCAACAUUGUUUACUACAACCUAUGGAGGCGAGUCUCUUCAUGGUUUGACUGUCGCUCUGGUGUUGGUAGGAAAGCUCGGAGCAGGUUGUGCUUUCGGCACUGUCUACAUAUUUACGUCUGAACUGUACCCCACUGUGGUUAGAAAUGCCGGUAUGGGGGCGUGCUCCUGCUUUGCCCGAUUUGGAUCUAUGAUAGCUCCGUAUCUUAUUUCAGCAGCUGCGGACAUUGGAGGGACUACCGGGAAGGCAGUUCCAUUAAUUGUAUUCGGUUCAGCGUCCAUUGCUGCCGGGUUACUGGCCCUCCUCCUUCCAGAAACGCUUAACAAAGACUUACCGGACACAAUUGAAGAGGGAAAACUGUUUGGAACACCAGGAUACGAUGCCAUAAAGAAAUCGGGACACAUCAAUAAAAGUUUUGCUACGGAAGGAGAAUUAUCCAUAGAGGAGGGCAGCGUGUAAAUGGACAAAAUUCGACUUCCGUGCAAUGAUCAUGAAAAUAUUGAUUUCAAAAUCAAAACUAAGAAAAAACGAAAUGGUUUUUUUAUCAUUUAAGAUAGGAAAAGAAAAAUAGGUCACGACGUUAUAAAAAUGACAUCCUCACAACAGGAUUUAAUGUGAAUGUUUAAAAUCACAGGAUAGCAAUGCAACAAAACAAUCAUUUUAAAUAGAUAAGAAAACAACAGAGAAUACCGACAUAUAACGUAAUUCUAUUUCGAAAUCGUUAAAACGAGAACAAAACACAAAAAUGUUUACAUAGAGACUACUUAAGCGAUCCAAGGGGAAUGGAACUAUGCGUGGUAAAGAUCUCCUGACUCAUAGACUGAAUUCACCAUAAAAAUCUAGGAAAAAUGUACCCAGGGCAAGAAAUUGUAAAACUUUACCAGAAAUUUACUUAAGGUUAACGGAAAGUGUCGAUCUUUUAGAGUAUGACGGACCGAUAAUGGAAUGCCAACGCUCGUGAUAAAACAGUCAUGCAUUAUUUUUGACUUGAGCAUCAAUAUUACAUUCAUUAAACAAAACAGUCUCGGAAGUAGUACAACAAAGAAGGGGUGAUUUGCUUUUCCUAAGAAAAGUAUCGGUCUUGAAAUUUAAAGUAACCAUAUUAAUUAUAGAGUUGGGUAGACAGAUUAACUAUUUGGUAAUAUCAAAGGUGAUGAACUUAUGUAUUAAGUAGUAUAAGUAGUAUGGGAGUCACUUGUUAUACUAGUAAGAUUUUACUAGAUAAUAAUAGAAAUAUUCCGCUUACAGACAAAGGUCAGUGAUUAAUAUUUGUGUUUUAUUUCAGUUGUAUUUAUUUCAAACCCUCAACUAGGGAUCUAACCAUGGCAUACAAGUUUUACGCUAAAGCGAUUUUGCUAAACAGAGGUCAUCUCUAGCAAAGAAGACUAGUAUAUGAAAGUUUGCAUAAUCUCCCUUUAGAUGAGAGGCAUUAUUAAAAUACCAAAGUAUCUUUGUUAGCUCCGAUACAACAGAGUUCUUGAUCAGUUAUAUACCAUUUCAAAGUCUUUACUAGAGUUCGAAUCCAGGAUUUCGUCGCUUGGUUUUCUAACGCUCAACAGAUCGAGCUUGAGAGACAUUUUCCUGGCCGAAUGUCAUUUUGGCGACUAGUGUAUAUCGUGGUUGAAUUAUUUGUAAUGUCCACAUGUUCCAUAUUUUUGACCAGGACACAGGAUAUUUAACAUCCAACUACCUGUCUGUUGAACGUCUGAUUUGUCGUUUGUGAAAACAAAGAUUUUGAUAGUUAAUUUCCUCUGUUUUAGAAAUCUUUUUAGAAAUGGCUUGCUAGGUUGUAAAUAUUUUCUUACUGUUUAUUGUUAAUGAAUAAGGAGAUAAUAGUUGGUUCUGUCCCUUGACUUGAUGUUCUCUGCAUAAUGUCAAGCAAUACAUUUGCCAGUAAAGGACUUGUCAGACAGGUGGCAGUGUUAUGUGUGUGACUGGUCAGACGGUUGUCAGUGUAAUGUGUUUGACUAGUAAGACGGUUGUCAAUGUAAUGUGUCUGACUAUUUAGACGGUUGUCAGUGUAAAGGUUCUGUCUGGUCAAACGGUUGUCAGUGUUAUGUGUCUGACUGGUCAAACAGUUUAAUGUGUAAUGUGUCUGACUGGUCAGAUGGUUGUCAGUGUAAUGUGUCUGACUUGUCAGACGGUUGUCAGUGUAAUGUAUCUGACUGGUCAGAUGGUUGUCAGUGUAAUGUGUCUGACUGGUCAGAUGGUUGUCAGUGUAAUGUGUCUGAAUGGUCAGACGGUUGUCAAUGUAAUGUGUCUGAAUGGUCAGACGGUUCUCAAUGUAAUGUGUCUGACUGGUCAGACGGUUGUCAGUGUAAUGUGUCCGACUGGUCAGAUGGUUG